GCGAGAUAAGUCGUUGCACGAGAUCCCCGGAGGCCUUCAACUGUACUAUGUAAUUACUGAGUAGUAUCCCACAUGACCUACAUACAUACACGAACACACCUCAAUAUCUAAAAUCCUCAACGUUUCGAAUUGUUGCAAUGCAGAACCAGGUUAUUGGGUUGCAGAUCCUCGGAUAGCUGCAGCAUUUGAAAGCUCCUUUACUCCUGGCCGAUUAGAAUAGAUGGUUCCCCUUUUUGAAAGGUACGUCAUGGCUUAAGCUGGGCGAAUUCGCAAUAUGAGUUCAAAUUGCAAGUUCAUAAUGAGUCAAUCAAAUAAAUGUCUUGGGAGGUCCACUGCGAAGAACGGUAUUGCAUUAUCCAAAAGCUACCUAAAUACUUACCUAACUGUCAAUAAUUCAAUCCAAUCAGAGUUUGCACAAUGACUCGUGGCUCUAGCAUCACCGCAAUCGGGUCCCGAACAGUCAUUAGUGGUCUAAAUAAGGUCCGAGACAAACGACAUCUGUCAAAGAAACUAUCCUGGACCCCGAUGAGUAUCUAAAGAAUAGAAAGAAUAGAACUUACCUAUAUUGUCUCAACUCUUCGUCAGGAGCCAAGUUUCUUGAAGUCCCUAACUAGAUUAAUUAUAUCAUCAGAACUACUGUAGUAAUGGCUCCUAUCAUUCAUCUCGUCCGCCAUGCUCAAGGUUAUCACAACCUAAGCGAAGCAAAUCAGCAAAUACGCGAUCCAGACUUAACGCCUCUAGGCGAGUCUCAGUGCGAUGAGCUCUGCAAGAGAUUCGAUGCUCACGAUAAAAUUACGCAUCUCGUCGCUUCCCCUAUACGACGGACGAUACUUACUUGUCUGCGCUCUUUUACGCCAGCGGUUAAAGCCGGGAAGAAAGUAAUCGCUCUCCCGGAUGCUCAAGAAAUCUCAACGUUACCUUGCGAUAUUGGUUCAGAUCCCAGCAAGCUGAAAGAAGAAUUUGGCGAACUUGUGGAUUUCCAUCUGCUUCACGAGGGCUGGAACGAUAAGUCCAGCGAAAGCAAAUAUCAUCCCACCCCUGCCAAUCUCGAGGCGAGGUCACGGGCCGCUAGGGUGUGGCUUAGGGACUUGGUGAACAAAGCCGGAGAUGACGCGCAGGUUGUCCUUGUCACCCAUGGCGGUAUUCUCCACUUCCUUACCGAGGACUUUGAUGGAGUGAAGUUAGAGAGAGGUACUGGUUGGGACAACACCGAGAUACGUUCAUACGAAUUCAAGGAUCCAACCGGCCAAGAUCCCGAGGCAACACUGAAGGAGACCCAGCCAAGCUGGCGUCGUCGGCGUGGCAGCGCAAUCCCUCUCACUGAGACUGAGCAGAUGCAGAUACGCCAAGCUUUCCAGACUGCUCUUAAGGAAGAGACCAAGAAGCAAGAGAGUCGUUCGGCUCAGGCAUCUGAGGCCGUUGUCGAUUAAGAGGUAAUCAACGCGGAGGGCUGGUUAGACCUAAGACCUUGCCUAAUAGAAGUCCAUAAAUAGAGUAGAGCACUUCGAUAAAUAGACAAUACAAGACUAUAUACCGCC